AUGCCAACCUGGCUCGUUCAUGGCUUUCGGUGGCCCCGCGCCCAAAUUCGCAUUCAUGUUAUUCUGCAGAAUCUCGACGAUGCUGCACCGGAAUGGCUAAUGGCUCCUGCCACCACAGCCUGUCUGAUACAGAACUUCAAGAGCCAAUGGCCCCAAGAGAUGGCUGCGCUACCUGAUUUACGCUUCAUCGAACAGUACGACCCCGAUGAUCUCACCGUCAAGGAUCAACCAUACGCAUAUGUGUGCGAUGUUGUGCAUGAGAUCAGACUCGGAGCAGAUGUCGAGGAGAUGAGGGGAGCGGGGCUGGGAGAUGACCAGUGGGCGGCCAUUGCAGACCUCCGGGACAAGGUGGCGCCAGGAGAGAAAUUGGGGUGGUUCGUAGUAGUCAAUGGCGAUGUCGAGAGAUGGGCUCCGCCGCUGGAGGAAGAAGACGACGACAUAACCCCAGAAGCCAGCCAUGUAUCAAGUCACAGGAGCAGCAUGGCACAGUCGGAUUCAACCCGCAACAAGGAACAAGAACGCCCUUCUUCCAGCCGGAGUUUCAAGAAGUGGUUCGGAGGAAAACUGAGGAAAACGAAGAGUGGAAGGAACCUGAGAGGUGAUACGCUAGAGGAGCCGGUUCCACCAUUACCGCCAAUCUCACCCCGUUAUGCCCUUCAAGCUUCAAAUGGAAAGGCGCCCGCACAGCAGAAGACGGCAUCGUGA